CCAGGGUGGCCGCCCUGGAGCCCUUUAAAUCUAAGUCUGGGCUCAGCCAGAGCCCUGACUAGGCGAGCGCGGGCGGUGACUAACCCAAGCAGGCGGCUCAGGCUAGGGAGGAAGACAGCCGGCAUGGUGUUAGCAUUUCUACAUCACCCUCCCCAGCUCACGGUGCCCGGGCCAGCAUCUGACACUGUUUCCAGAGAGGUCUGCCCGCGGGCCCGCUGACAGCAGCAUCGGGACUUCAGCACCGGUCCUCCUGCCGGAGCUGCCUCACGUCCAGCCACUGCAGCAGCGGCGCACGGCCCUCCGCACACAGCCGAUUCCAGAUGGGGAAGCCAUAGGGAGUUUGUAUCAUGGCAACAAACGAGGAUGGACUGGGACUGUUUGAUAUCCACUAUGGUGCUGAAGCUUCCCCCUUCAAGGAAGGUGAUGAGAGCUCAGUGGAUAUUUAUGAUGGGUUGGACAACGGUUUGACAGUUCCUGACAAUUCUGCUCCAAAUUCUACACCAGCUGGAAACAGCUUAAAUUUGUUUGAUGAGAUAUUAAUUGAAGAAGGGACUGCAAAGGAAGCGUCCUACAAUGAGUUGCAGACAGAAUAUGGAAAAUGUCAGCAGCAAAUUAAAGAGUUGAUGAAGAAAUUUAAGGAAAUACAGGCACAGAAUGUCAUUCUACAAAAUGAAAACCAAGCUCUCAAAAAGAAUAUUUCAGCACUUAUCAAAACAGCAAGAGUGGAAAUUAACCGUAAGGAUGAAGAAAUCAGUAAUCUCCAUCAAAGGCUAUCGGAAUUUCCCAAUCAUCGAAGUAAUUUCACCAGAAUGUACCUACCAGGAUCAACUAAUGGAAGGUGCUCUGAGACGUGUAAAACGAAAGAUUCAAGAUUCAGGCCUUCUGAUUUAGGUGACGGUAUAAAGAUGGAGCACAGAAUGAAAAAUGACUGUUCAAAAGAUACAUACCACAAUUACUCAUCUCAUAUGGACAAUGGGAAGUCUAGCUCUGAAAAAAGAAGCACUCCAAGUUUACUGAGACACCCUCCCGAAGAGCCCUGCAGCGAUGGAACUCAUGCAUGUCUACCAAACUAUGACCAUAGUUCCAACAAGGACAACAGAAAGGAAAGAAAAGAAAUUAAAAGUGAUGAACAGUAUAGCAGGGGAAAUGUCAACAAAUACAGGAGAGACGUACAUCAGGGCACGGGAAAUGAUGACAGUGAAGAGGGGAAUUCAGAUCCUCAGCAGAAGCUGAAGACCCUUUCGGAGAAGGCUAGUAAAAAUGAGUUGCAACAAAAAAAUCAGAGCGUAAAACUCAAAUGCAGUCCAAGUGCAGAAAGAAGACUAGAAAGGGGCGUUUCUUCCUGGGAGAAACAAGCUACUGGUAAAGACAGAUUGCAAACAAGAGACGAAUUGCGUGCUGAUGAGAGAUCACAAAAUGGAUUUAAAAAAGACGUUAAAACACAUGAUAAAGAUGAAAAAAAUGUUGGCCAAAAAAGUAGACCAAAUGAAAAGCUACAAGAGCAACCAAGGAAAUCUGGUAGAGGGAGUAGUCCACACUCAAAGAAUGAACAUUCAAAGAGUCUUCAUGAAUCACGUAAAUGUCGCCUGGAAGAGUCUAGAAAAGGAAAAGACAUGGACUACAGGAGAGACAGGGGAACAAAUGAUCAUACUUCUCGAGAAGGAAAGACUUCACCUUCUGAUUCCAACAGCAGAGAGCAUAAAUACGCACGCUUGAAGGAAAAUAGUAGAUACGAAUGGGAAACAGCACAUUCCAAAUUGGAAAGACACAGAACUGAAGAAAAAAGGAAAAGAGAGAGAGAGAAUCGGGAUGAAAAUAGACAUUUUAGAAAUGAAAGAAAAGUUGCAAAAGACAUUUCUCACCAAUCUGCAAAAGAAUCCAAGAAAGGUACAGAUGUUACAAAAAGUCAGAGAAACAAGUUCUAUAAGCUAGAAGAAACAUGCGGAGUAGCAGAUAACGUAAAAGACAGUAAAGUUUCCAAAACUAAAGAUGAUCACACUGGGACAAAAAGCAAAGACUUAAAACUUAGCUUUAUGGAAAAGCUAAAUUUAACUCUUUCUCCUGCUAAGAAACAAUGUCGAUCUCCACCGGAUGGACUUAAAACACCUUCCCAAAAGGCCACUGAUGAGGGAAGUGCAGAGCUCACGCUGCAGGCAGAGCUGUUCAGUCCUGCCCACCCUGUUAAGUGUGGUCCUACAGAGCAAACUAGUUCUACACUACAAGUUCUGGACAGCACAGCUCAAAGUGAUCUGGAACCAGCACUUCCUGUUUCUGUCAGUUCUGAAAAUGAAGCCUUGGAAGCAGCAGCACCAGCAGAUCCAGCAGAGUCUGAAGUGUUGCCAGCAGUGGUAACUGAUGAACUGAGCUCAGAAACCUUACCAGAAAGAGAACUGGGUGAGGUAGACCCCCAAGCCUUGCCAGAAGCAGCAGAGGUGUUGGUUCCGGAUGAGAUGCAGGCUGAAGCAUCAUCAGAAGCAGCAGAAGCUUGUGAUCUGGUGGAAUCAGAAGCCUCAGCAGCAGCAGUGACAGAUCCGAAUCAUCCUGAAUCUUUUUUGCCCCUGCAGGUGGCAGGGAGUGCGUCAGAGUGUGAAAACUUGCCUGUGACAGAGGGUGUGAUGCAGGAUGAUAACGUAGCAGUAGCAGAAACGGCACUAUCUGAACCUGCUGGUGAAAGUAUGGAAGCCCUUCCAGAGUCAGCAGCAGAAAAGAAAGAGGAAGAUCAGAUGUGGCUAGCUGCUGACCAACUGCUAGAAAGCUCAGCAGACCAAUGCGGCUCUCAAAGCCUUGUCUUAGAUGUCUCAGAAGCCAAAAGUUCUGGUGACCUGAAUUCCUGUGAUGUCGCAGAUGAUAUUUGUGAAACAAAACCAGACUCUUUAAUGGAAGUAGAGAAGGAUGAUGAUCACGUGGCUGCAGAAAAUCUUGAGUGUCCCACUGAGGAAAAGAGUAUAUGUGAAAUCAAUAUGCAUGCGUCUGAGUCACCUGACAGAACUAUGUUAACUGAUAAGGAUGAACCAUUAGUUGACCAGAAUGCCUGUGAUCUGGAGCCAGACCUAACUGAAAUCAGUACUGCAGCAUCUUCUCUUAGUGCUGAGACGUAUCCUGGAACUAAGGACAGGGAAAGUAACCCUGUUCCUGUUGAUGAUGACAGCUCAAUACUGAGCAUUGAUCUCAAUCACCUGAGGUAUAUUCCAAAGGCGAUCAGUCCACUGAACAGUCCAAUGCGCCCUUUGGCUAAAGCACUUAAGAUGGAAAGUCCCUGCAAAGGUCUUGUGAAGAGUUAUAACAAAGAUUUAAUUCCUGAAAGUACGGUUGUUGUCUGUCCCUCGAAGAAUUUGUCCAAGGAGGUAAACAAAGAAAAUCAAAAGCCGGUUAGCAUGUCUGAUGAACACUUAGAGAUGGAGUCCCAGCUAAGCAUCUCUUCAGAUGAAAUAGAGGAAGGAGAAAUCAUAAGUAGCGAUGAAGAUGAAGAAAAACCUAAACCAGAAAGAUGCUCUGAAAAUACAAAGAAUUCAAGACCAAAAGCUUCUCCUGAGACACGAAAUUUGACCAGCAGUCCGCAGAAUCAAAAGAGCAAAACUGUGCAUUGCAGUGAAGAUAAUGGAAAAUUUGUUUCUGUCAAAGUAAGUACAAAGAAGAACAGAGAGAGGCAUAAAAAUCAGACUUGCAGGUCUUCAAAGGAUAUGAAGAAAAAUAAAACUGUGAGCCUUGCUUCUCUUGAAAAAAUCGUUCAUGUUAUUGUUGAACCUUCAAAUAUACAAGAAAUCAUGCAGAUGCUCAGAGCUAUACGAAAACAGAUGAGGAAAAAUUAUAUGAAGUUCAAGGUACAAUUCCCAGUUCAGCAUUUUCACAGAAUUAUAGAAUCUGGUAUCAUAAAUUUUACAUCAUUAAUAAAAUACUUGAACUUUUCCAAGAUGUCUACAUUAGGUGAGAAAUUAAAAUUGAAUAUCUGUGAUAUUAUAGAGUCCAAACUUAAGCAAGUUAAAAAGAAUGCAAUAGUUGACCGUCUUUUUGAACAACAAGUAUCAGAUAUGAAAAAACAGUUAUGGAAAUUCGUAGAUGAACAGCUUGAUUAUGUAUUUGAAAAGAUAAGGAGAAUUACAAUAAAACUAUGUGAUGUAGUAAAUGUGGGAAAUGAAAGUGAGGAGGGCAAGUUUGAAAGAGCAGGAAAGCAAAAGCACAAGAUCAAUCAUAAAAAUGAUGUGCAACGAUCUAGAAAAAAGUCUCUGAAGGACAGAUCUCAAAAGCCUGAAGAAUAUAUCCUUUCGAAGCAAAUUGUGGAUUGUCAGCAACCUAAGUGUCACCAUGAAAAAAGUAAAACAGAUGCACCAAAAACUGCCUUCACAAAAUGUCUAAACUCCAUUGAUAACACAAGGAAUUCCCAAACUAAAGUGCACCUCUGUAAAGAGAAUAAUUUGCAAGGCACUCUCACUCCAUUGAAGGGCAGAAAAUACGAAAAGGAAGGAUUCCAGCUAUCCAGAGAUGCUAACAAGUCUGAUCUAAGUUAUGAGCUUCUCACAGAACAGCAAGCGUCCAGUCUUACAUUUAAUCUUGUAAGUGAUGCUCAAAUGGGUGAAAUUUUCAAAAGCUUGUUGCAAGGUUCUGAUCUUUUGGAAAAAAACAGUGGCAAUAUUGACAGAAAUGAGUGGGAAUUCAGGACUCCAGAAAAACAAGUUUUAGACAGUCAUAAAGGCAGAGGUAAUGCUGCUGGAUUACUGCAAGAGAUUGCUCCAAAGGAGGCUUCCGUGGACUCUCGACCAGCCGAAGAUAUUAACUGGCCUGUUGUUUCACCUGUAAGAGCUCCUUCUCUAGUAUCUCAGCUUCAGAUGUCUGUUGAUCCAGAUGUACUAGAUGAAAGCUGCAUGUUUGAGGUUGCUACCAAUGCAGCUUUAUGCAAAGAGGAUGAAUGCAAUUUACAAAAGAGUAAAUCAUUUGUUUCUUCUGUCCUCCUUGAAGAUUUGGCUGUCUCAUUAACUAUUCCAUCACCUUUGAAAUCAGAUGCUCACCUCAGCUUCCUAAAACCUGAGAAUAAUUCUAGCUCAACACCGGAGGGUGUUCUCAGUGCACAUUACAGCGAAGACGCUCUUCUUGAAGAGGAGGAUGCCACUGAACAAGACAUUCAUUUGGCUUUAGAAUCUGAUAACUCCAGCAGUAAAUCAAGUUGUUCUUCAUCGUGGACAGGUCGGCCUGUUGCUCCCGGAUUUCAGUGUCGCCCCAGCCUACCAAUGCAAGCAGUGAUCAUGGAAAAAUCCAACGAUCAUUUUAUUGUAAAGAUCAGGCGUGCGGUGCCAUCUGCCUCAAUGAUAUCUGAUCAGGUGGCUUUAGUGAAGGAGGUGCAGGCAUCCUCAGCCAAGAUUGAAAAAGAAGAAACGAGAAGUGAGGAAAAAGAAAGGGAUGGUCAGACUGUCACAGCAGCCACUGUGCAAGAAACUGUCAAACUAGAUCUGGUUAAGACAGAUCAGUUGCAUCAUGUCAGCACUGGACAAGAACAAAAUCGUGCCUUACCUCAACCUCUAAAGGAGUUGCAUAAUAGUAUUGGGAAGGAAGGAACUGCUGGGUUGCAUGGACACUGUAGAAAACCUUCAAGCAUGGAGAGCCAUGACGCUGAAAACCUAGAUGAAGGCUCUGAGCAAUCUCAGGCACAGAAAUUGAAAGUAUCUGAAAACAUAAAUGAAAUAGGUAUUAGAUCUCAAGCUGCUUUUCCUGCUGUUUGCAGUAUAGACUCAUACGUAGACUCAACAGGUGAUGUCAUUACUGAAACUUCAUGUCAUGUAGUGGAAUCCACUACAGAUAACAGAACUCAGGAAACUUCUACGGGAAACUCAGAAAUCAACGAUGAAAAGGAAGAACUAGAAGAGUGCUCUGAUGCAUUUAUAAACUUAACAGAAGAGCUUUCCAAUGAAACUGCAGUGGGUGAAUGUAACCUUGAAAUAAAAUCCACUUCAAAUACUGGUGUAGGAUACCAGAUAAGUACAGGUGAUAAAACUAGUAAAAAAAGGAAAAAGGAGGCUGUUGAAGAGAAUUACAACUCAAAAAGGCAACGAAAAGAAACUGAAUCAGGAGGUGAAGGGAGCAAUGCAAGCGAUGCAAAGUCUGAAGAGGUAAAUUCAGCACCCGAACAAUGUUCCAUUAAGAAGAAUGAGUUGCAGCAGAACAAAGACUCUUCUCCCGUGGCUUCAUCUGCAUCAUCACCUAGUCUGUAUGCCAAAAACAUCAUUAAAAAGAAGGGAGAAGUAGUAGUUUCCUGGACGAGAAACGAUGACCGAGAAAUUUUACUGGAAUGUCAGAGAAAAGGACCAUCAAGCAAAACCUUUGUUUCCUUAGCCACUAGACUGAAAAAAAGCCCAAAUCAGGUUUCAGAAAGAUUCAAGCAGUUAAUGAAGCUGUUCAAGAAAUCCAAGUGCAAGUGAACUUACCAUCAAGUUGCUUCAUGGUGACAGGGUUUAGCUAUUAGCAGCAAUGAUGGGCCACAACCACUGCAUUCACAUGAUGGGAUUAGUGGGACGUUUUCAAGUCAGAAUACCAAAUUGGGUAAAUCUGAUGCACUGCUAAUUAUUUGCUUCGGUGCUUCCUCUGAAGUGCUUUAUCAGAAUAACACAGAGGCAACUUUACAAACAAACUGGCUGGGAAAGAACAGGCCUGUACAACCAGAGCAGUGUCAUUUCAAAGGAGUGACAUCUUCUGUUGGUUAAAUGUGUUCUAUAAGCAAAGAUAAGGGCAUGCAGUCAAGUGAAGAUGGUGGGUCUUGCUUAAUUUGUUAGAAAUAUUGUGUAUGGUGAUGUUGAGCUAUAAUUUUAAAAAGUAAGGGUGCCUUGGAAUCCACUUGGUAGAUAACCCUGGAAAAUGACAGGUACGUUAUCUUGGUUACCUUGAAACGUAUUUUAAGAAGUUGGGCCUUCUUCUUUUAAACUGAGGCAGGGCAACAAUAGCAUUGGUUCCAAAAGCUGCUUGCCUGGUAAUUGGGUUCUACCAGUGGGGAAUAGGUGGUUCUUGCUGCUUUGUCAGUUGCUCAUAGUGGGUUUCAAGAAGAGAAUCUGGCAUCGAGUGUAGGGUUUGUCUUCAACUUUAAGCACAUUAUCUAAUGACUCCAGUAUUCAGCAGAGAUGAGUGAAUUUCUCUUUGAGUGCACCCAUCUGUCAUCAUUGUCAGUGAAGAAAAUCUAAGCCAGUUGUCUAGUCUAGACUCCUAACUUGCCAGUUUUUGAAGUCAAAUAAAGUGAGUCCCAGCCUCUGUGAGAGGGCGAAGCCAGUCAUUAAUGCAGUGAGCAGUUUUUCAGUUUCUUUUAAAUUGUGAAAUGCUGUAAUGAGUAUUCAUUUACGAAGAACUGUCUUGUAGUUAAAAACAUUUUGCAGUUCUGACUUAGUGUUGAAUUUUGACUAGUUGGAGUUUUCUUUUUCCGUGAAAAAUGUGUUGAGGUUUUUUUUUUUCUUUUUUUCUUCAGAAAAGGCUAAUGUUUUCUUGUUCCAAAUUACAUCUGGCAAAGGUGUAAUAUUUGAUUUAGGUCUUCAACAUCAUGAACGUUCUGUUUUGUUAAAAAAAAAAUUACAAGUGAUUUUUCUUUUUAAAAUUAAUUUAGAAUAAGACCUGAACAGUUUUAUAAAAUGUGACUUUAUACUUAUUAACAGGAGAAAAACUUUUCUGUAAAAGCAAGCAGUUUCAAAAGCUUGUCAACUUGGCAUGUUUUGACAGCAAUUGUAUCUAUCUUUACAAAUUGUUUAGUACAUUAGAAAUUCAUUGUGUUCUAUUUUAAAGAACUCCUACGACUGCUUCCAGUUUUACGAGUACAUACUAAGUGUGUACGUAUAUGUAUAUAUACACACACACCUCAUAUAUAUUGCUGUUUUAUCGCAGAUUUCUAAAAAGCUGUUUUGUUUUGUUUUUUUUUUUUUCCCCCUAAGAAACAUUUGUGGAAGUUGCACAGGUUUUGUUGCUAUGAAUUCACUGAUGUUUGAGGUUUUAUUCUUUGUUGAGGAUUGGAAUGGCUGUAGUCUUUUUUCAGUUAGAACAGCUGCUGAUUUUACUUCUUUUAGUUGAGUCCCACCUAAGUGCAUUGCCUUUCAACUUGAAUUAAGUUGGCUUUUUUCCUAAUCCAAUGACUCCUUCAGUUUUAACAUAAUGGUUUUUUACUCCCUCUCCAAGUAAUGGGACAAACUUCUCAGUCUAAGAAACCAUCAGAUAAUUUGUCAGUGACGUUGCCACUGACACCUUUGGAGUAUCAUAAGCGUGACCUAUGGAAUGGAUUGUCACACUGCCAGACAGAUCAUCAUCAUCAUUUUAAGCAGUGCUCGGGAAACUGUUAGAAGGAAUGACCUAAGUAGGUGGUGAUGUCAGUUCUGGCAGUCUUCUGUCUUAUGUGCUGGCCUCUCAGGCCUUUGCUUGUGAUGAUCAAGUGUCGUCUUCCCUGCUACGCCGGCAGGGCCCAGCGAUGGCAGUACCUACCCAUUGGCGUACCUACCCAUUGGCGUACCUACCCAUGCUUGUUCUUAACAAACAUUUGUGACAAUUGUUUGCGUAUUGGAGAUUAACAUCUAACUGAAUCUGUUCUCAGAGUAAACAGUUUGCAGAAUAGUAUUGAUGUUUGUAGGAAAUCACUUUACUAAGAGGAGUGUGCUUUUAACCAUACCCUUAGAGAUCAGAAUGUGCGCAGUACUGAAGACACUGAGGGAAGUAGCUUCUCUCCACUUAAGUUCUUCCUCUCUGUCUCGAAACAGCAGGCAGUAUUUUAUUACAAAGUUGUUUAUUCCCUGUCUGUGUUUAUGUACUUUCUUAUCUGUACAGGUGAUGGGUUUGACUGUUUUGCUUCUGACUUGGAUUUCUUUUUUUGUAAAUUAUGAAACUUUUUAACGUUCUGUCUAUUGUAAGUAUUUGUACAGGUUCCUACAUGGUCAUGUAAAAUAUCCGACGUGUGUAUAUAUAUAUAUAUAUAUAAAUAUAAAUCUAUGUAUAAAAAUAGAGAGCUUUGUUUUGGCCAAAGAUGAUUUUUUUAACUAUAUAAAACUCCAGGUUUAUUUUGUAUAAACUGAAUAGUUUACUUACUGUAAGAGUAAUGCAAAAAAAUAAAACUGUAAAAUUCACACACAGACGUUCUUGUUGAACAAAGGUUGGCUUGGAGUAGUUUUGUACCGUUGUUUGUAAUUUAUUUCUCCAACAAGAAUUUUGAUACAUAUAUGCAAAAUGUACUGUAUGUAAAUCUGCAGUCUUAAAUUUGUGAAAUCUCAGGUAAAUGAAAACGUUUUCUACAACUGUUGGCUAAUGGCUUGACAACUGCAUAUGCUGUGAAGCAGCAUUAAAAAUGACUUCUGUUAGUUUGUAUAAAUCAGUAGCUAUGUUGAUGUUCUGGCCAAUAAACAUGGAAGUAACCA